AUGAAUGGCGCUUCUCUUUAUUUCCCCUCGCUACCCUCCUCUUUGGGGCUGUCUUUCGGCCUAUCCACCUGUGCUCCAUCAGUCCUCUUCCAUCCACAUGCCGGUGUGUCAUACCUUGUUCGUCACAAGAGUAAUCGAUUGGCAUUUUUCUACUACACUCGCAAGAGGGACUCUUCUCUCGUCUCUGGGAGCAAUCAGGCCGCACGACACGGUCCGCAGAGGUUGACAUCUGAUCUCGCGGCGGGUAGAACGCUUCUCGGACUCCUUAAAAGGCCUGCUCCGCCUCGCAGAGGCAGUCCUCUUUUCUGUCUGUCUUGGCCCGGACGCCAAUUAACCGACCCGCCAGCUGAACAGGACAGGCGUCAACAAGCGAGCAUGCAGGUUUGA